UUAUGGAUCCGAGCUUACUGAGAGAGCGAGAGCUAUUCAAAAAACGUGCCCUCUCCACACCUGCGGUAGAGAAACGGCCAGCGCCAUCUUCUGACUCCUCUUCUUCCAAAAAGAAGAAAGCAAAAGUUGAACAAGGUGGCUCUUCAACCUCAAAACAAAACACAGAUCACAGCAGUGGAUCAUUUAAUUUGAAAGCCCUUUCAGGAGGCUCUGGCUACAAGUUUGGAGUCCUUGCUAAAAUAGUGAAUUACAUGAAGACUCGGCACCAGCGUGGCGAUACCCAUCCGUUAACUCUAGAAGAGAUUUUGGAUGAAACCCAGCAUUUGGAUAUUGGGCUCAAACAGAAGCAAUGGCUAAUGAGCGAGGCUCUAGUCAACAAUCCAAAAAUAGAAGUUGUGGAUGGGAAGUAUGCUUUCAAACCCAAGUACAACUUGAAAGAUAAAAAGGCUCUGCUCAGGCUCUUGGACAAGCAUGACCAGCGAGGGCUGGGAGGAAUUCUUUUGGAAGAUAUUGAGGAAGGGCUACCCAAUGCACAGAAAGCUAUAAAGGCUUUAGGGGACCAGAUCAUCUUUGUUAAUCGCCCUGAUAAGAAGAAAAUUCUGUUCUACAACGACAAGAGCUGUCAGUUUACUGUGGAUGAAGAGUUUCAGAAGCUGUGGAGGAGCAUUCCUGUGGAUUCUAUGGAUGAGGAGAAAAUCGAAGAGUACCUGAAACGACAGGGUAUUUCCUCCAUGCAAGAAACUGGACCAAAGAAAAUAGCUCCCGUUCAGAGGAGGAAGAAACCCGCUUCUCAGAAGAAACGUCGGUUUAAGACUCACAACGACCACUUGGCUGGAGUAUUAAAGGACUACUCUGAUGUUGUUCCUGGCAAGCAGUGACCGGCCGGCUGAGUUCCGAGGCAAACACGUUUUUAUCCAGGCUUUUUGCCACUCGAGCUCGGUGUCUGCUUGCAGAAAGACUGACUGUAUGUAGUAAUGUGAUGUGUUUCCCCCAUCCCAGCAACUGCCGAGAUGAAACAGGUCAGUUUAAGAGCAAGUAUGAACUACUAAAUUUAGUUUAAUUUACUUAGCUAAUGGGAAAUGUAUCUUGGAGCAAGAGGUUCUCACUAGUUGCCUUUUGGCGUAGAGUGAUAAGUAGUGCUCAGCAUGUCAUGCCAGAGGUCCUGUUCAGUGCUUAACUCUGCUUUUACAUUGCUUAAUGGGUCUUUACCUGGAAUUACUUAC